UUUCUUAUUUUGUUCACUUGGUGAGGUGUUGUUUGGCAUAAUAGAGUGUAUUAAAAUAUUAGAAAAGAAUUAUAUAUAUAAGCAAAUAUUAGUGACAAAAUUCUUUUAGAACUGCUAAACAAUAUUUGAUAAACUCUUAACAAAAAAUAAACAACAAAUAAUAGACUAGAACAGAUUCCACCAGAUCAGUACAUAGAAGAAACAAACACGCACAAAGCAAACGCUUUUCCUAGCAUUUCUCAAUACAUUUCCUUUGAAGAAAAAAUCAAAACGUUACCAAUGUCGGGAGGCGAUGUAAAUGUAAAAUUAUCACGACUACUGCUUAUGGCACAUAAAUUUAAUAAUUUCUAUCUAAAUGGAUUUCAAAAGGGAGAUAUACGUCCUUUUCUAGUCGAAGGUCAACAGGUAGGCCUGAUUAAAUCUGAUGUGAUUAAACAACUUAAUAGAUACCCAGAAGUAUUUUGUAUACGUGAUUGCGAAUACACCAAACAGGGUAUAGUAGAGCUUAAUCCAGCAUUUCGUGAUUAUUCAGAACGUACCGAAAAACUUGAUAAGGUAUUAAGAGAAUUAAGAUCGAAAGGCUUGUUUUCGGCACUGCAAGGAUGGAGAGAAGAGUAUUAUGAAGUGAAAGCUGAGCACAAUAGUUUAUUAAAAAUGGAUCGUUCUGCUACGCCUUUGUUUGGCGUACGAAAAUAUGGUGUCGAUAUUAAUGGUUACGUUAGACACCCAACACGAGGCCUUUGCAUUUGGUUACAACAACGUUCAAAUACCAAAGAGACUUGGCCUGGUAAAUGGGAUAAUAUGGUCGGUGGUGGUCUAUCGGUGGGCUACGGCAUUAAGGAAACGGCCGUUAAAGAGGCAGCCGAAGAAGCCUCCAUACCAGGUGAUCUUGUUAAAAAUCUCAUUUCAGCUGGCUGUGUUUCAUUCUUUUUCGAAAGCGAACAGGGCCUAUUUCCAAACACCGAAUAUGUGUUUGAUUUAGAAUUGCCUUUAGAUUUUGUGCCCCACAAUGCUGAUGGCGAGGUACAAGCAUUUGAAUUGUUACCGGCCAAAGAGUGUAUCGAACGUAUAUUUACGCCAGAUUUUAAGACCACCAGUUGUCCAGUAGUUAUAGAUUUUCUAAUUAGACAUGGUUUUAUAACGGCAGAAAAUGAAUUUUGGUUUACCCAAAUUAUAGAAUUAUUACAUGUACCCCUGCAAUCAUUGUAUACGUACAAACAACGCUUGGAAGAAUGCAAGCGGCAACUGCAGCAAAAUCAAGAACAGCAGCCACAACAAACAGAAAAAAAUAUCAAUAAUAAAAUAAUAGAAAACGGCCAUACCAAACCACCACUAACAGAGGCCAAUUAAUUUAAUAACAAUAAUAAUAAUAACAAAAGUUUUGUUCAACUUAACAAAUUAACAACGAUUAAAUUUAGCAUAAUGCAGAUUUCUCUUAAUAUACAAAAGACUGCAUAAGAAAUUUUAAAACAAAAUUUUUUUUUAAAUAAAAACAAAUAUUUAAUAAAAUAAAGUAACGAAGAUAAAGAUAGAUAAGCAAACAACAGCCUCUAUUUAACAAAAGCUAAUAGAAUCUAAUUUACAACACUCCAGUUCUUAAUAACACAAAUUAAAUAUUACGUAUUUCAGUUGCUGUGUAUAGUUUUAUAAAAUACAUACAAACAUAUAUUGCAAUUUAUCAUUAAUAAUAUUAAAAAAAAAACUAUAUACAUACACUCUACAAUAUUAUUUAAUGGAAAAGAAAAAAAAAACAUAUUUAUCUCUAAUUCUAUGAAAAGCUAAUAUACAGUUUCAUAAAUUCUUAAAGAAAUAUUUAAAUGAAAUGAAAUUAUUUUUGUAGUGCCUGUUUCCAAUCAUUCAUUUAAAAGUCAGUUAAUUUGUGUCGCCAAAUUGAAGUACUUUUUAGCAUUCUAAUUAAUUGUAUAUAAUUUUAUGUUUUUAUUUAAUUAUUUUUUAUAUAUAAAAUUAAAUAUAUAUAUAAUGUAGAUACACCUAUACUAUGUUAUUAUUUUAUAAAAAUUAUAAACAUUUAAAUUUUAUAUUAUAUAAAUAUGAUGACACACAAACAAUUGUGUUUGUAAUAGCAAAUCAAUAUGUCGUUUUUUCUCUCUUCUAAGAUAAUUUAUUUUAUUUUUUUAAAGUUUUUUUUUUCAAUAUAAAAUUGUUUUGUAUGUUCCAAGACACAUAAAAAUAUAAGAGUUAAAAAAAACAAUUACACAUAUUAAAUUGAUAUUUUCCCCUAAUAUUACUGACUAACUAUUUAACUUACUAAUAUGUACUAUCCAAUAUUUAUAAAUAAUUAUGUGUGUUGUAUGUUUUAUGUAUUAUAAAACCAAAGUGCUCAAAUUAUGUUCAGCUAAUAUAUGUAUUUUUUGUUGUUUUUUAUUAAAAAAAAUAUUAUAAAACUGAUUAAAAGAAAAAUUAAAUAUUAGGAGAUAAUGUCUUGCAAAUUUGCAUUACAAAUACAAUAUAUCAAUUAAAAUAUAGUCAAUAUAUACUCAUAAAAAUUAUAA